AUGCCAAUUGACGCUGCAACCUCGGCUUUGAAUCUUUCGUUCCCUCCCACUACCACAGCGGGUUUUGUAGUUCCCCAAAGCCGCUCUUUUACGGUGUCGGUGAAUCCGGUAGUAUUGUUUUCAAUUCUCGAUCAUUACCUUCGUAGGCAAGAAAAUCAACACAGAGUGAUCGGAACCUUGUUAGGUGUUCGAAGUGAGGAUGGGAGUGAGGUUGAAGUUCGAAAUUGUUUUCCUGUUCCUCACGAUGAAACUCAGAAUCAGGUUAAUGCAAAAGAAAUAAUUGUUGGAUGGUAUGCUACAGGAUCUAAUCUUAAUCAAUGGAACGCCCUUAUCCAAGAUUUUUAUUCAAAAGAAGUGAUGGCACCGUUUCAAGCUAUCCAUUUAACAAUGGAUACGGAUCUCAAGAAUGAAGAAAAACUUUUAGGGGUCAAAACAUACGUUGGUGCACCAAUUGGAAUUGCCGCCAAACCAGAAAAUUGUCUAUUUUUGCCUGUCCCAUGCGAUGUCAAAUAUUUCGAUGCCGAACGAAGUGGACUUGAUCUUCUUGCAUCAGCAAAAGACGACAUAAGUCGAUCUGCUUCUCUAAUAUCUGAUAUGGACAAUCUUGAAAAAACCAUAGUCGCUGUUCAAAAGAUGCUGGAACGGAUAUCGGAUUAUGUUAAUAAAGUUUUGGAUGGGAGCGUGCCUUCCAAUAAUACGAUUGGUCGAUUUUUAAUGGAUACGAUUUCAGUUGUACCCAAAAUCGAUAAAGCGGAAUUUGAAAAAAUGUUUAACAGUCAUCUACAAGAUUUAUUGAUGGUCGUUUAUCUGGCAAACAUGACACGUACACAGCUCGCUAUCGCGGAAAGAUUACAAUUACUUGUAUAA